AUGAAUAAAAUCGAACUUGCAGACGAUGAAACAUUGAUAGAAAACGCCAUAUUUUCCGAUGUUAUCAAGGCUAUCUCUGAUAAAUUUAAAACAUUCAAAGGACAAAUUAAAAAAGAUGGAGAGAUAGUCGAGGAAGGGAAUCACAGAAAAUACAUGUCACUCCUCGGUUUCAAUGCCAAAACCUUUCACAAUAUCUUUUCAAAUAUGGACAAAAAAUCCGAUGCUUCCGAUUGGUAUUUUACAGGAAAAAUAAUUUUAAUGAAAGACAAUUUCCAAGAAAUCAAAAGGUCGAGAGUUGGUAGAGGAGGAACUGAUCUACUUAAAAAGAUAAAUGAAUACGAAGGCAAAAAUUGUUUCAUACCUACAGAUGGUCAUUGUUUUAUCAAAUGCGUCAAUCGUGUUUUGAACAAAGAUUUAACGUGUAAAUUUCAAGAAUACAUCAACGGCUUUUCAAAUAGAAAAGGAGUGAUGACUUGUGCUAGAAUGAAGGAAUUCAACAAGAAAUUUAACACUUCGUUUCAAAUUUAUAAUCCCCAAAACAGACAUUUUCACCCCAGAGACGUGCAUGAUGAAUUAGAUUGGGUUUUUUACUUACACAACUCGCAUUUCUGUUUGAUUAGAAGAAGCCAAAAAAGUUUGGGAAUUCAAGAAAUAGAAGACAAUUACGAACAGGUGUGGAAAACGUGUAGAGACUACAACGCAGUAACACAGGUUUCACCUCUCAAACUAAACGUGCUUUCAAGUAUGAGUGAUGAUGCGUUAUUCGCUUGGGAUUGCGAAACGUAUUCAGAAAAAGACACGCGAAGAGCAAAUCCGUAUUGUUGCACUUUGGUCAAUUUGGAAAAACUAAGAAAAAUGUUGGACAGAAUAAAACGUCCAACAGAUGAUAUUCCAAAUUACGACAAACUUAUGACCAACGUUGUAGAAACAUUUGUGGGUCUAGACUGCAUAGAUCAAAUGUUGAAAUAUUUAGGUCAAUAUGAUAGAAAGAGAUUAAUAUUAAUUUCUCACAACGGCAGUGGUUUCGACAACUGGAUCGUGCUUAAAAAUACAAGAAAACUAACGCAUUGCCCUUUAAAAACACCCAGAGGAAUUCUAUCUUUUCCUUUAUCUAAUCCAUAUACAGAUGAAGAUUUACAGAAAAAAUGGAAAAGACAGAAAGAAAUAAAGGGUAAUUAUUUACAACAUAUUAAUUUCACAUGUUCCUAUCAACAUGAAAAAUCUAGUUUGGCUGCAUGGGGAAAUUCUUCCAAUCUUCCCGCGAAUUUGAGAAAGAUUGCCGACGUAGAUAUCGCUAAAUACACGCAAGACAACUGGGAGGAAUUGAGACACGAAUGGGAACCUUACGCCAAGAGAGACACUCUCUGUUUGGGAGCUUGUUUGAUAAAAUACAACCAAGUCAUGAAAGAAGUUGUAAACCAGAAUAUGUCCAAUAAUCUAACGGCUCCAUCUUUAUCUUUAAAGGGUUGGUAUUAUUUAUAUCAUUACGAUAAAGAAAUGGUUGAAGAAGAAUGGUAUGAAACUACUAGAAUGGUUGCGAAACAUACCGAAAAAGAAAAUAUAGAAAAAGUUUAUUCGCACACUAAUCCUUUUAUAAGAAAUUUUAUCAGAAUCUAUUAA